UAUGGGGCAAUGGAUGCUUCCAAGCAAACAAAUCCGAAACGCGAACCUAAUCCGUUUAUCAAGGCCAAUAUAAUCUCAAAGUGGCUGUUCCUAUGGAUGCACAGUGUUUUUGGCAAGGGUAGACGGGACGAAUUGGACGCCAGCAAACUGUACGAACACUUACCCAGUUUUGACAGUGAAUUACUGACCAGGAAUCUGCAACCCCACUGGGAGAAGGAGUCCAAGAGAAAGAAUCCCAGUCUUAUGCGACUUAUUUUCCGUGUUUACGGCUGGCAGUUUGUUCCUGUAUGUGUUCUAUAUUCGUUAUUGGAGAUGACCAUUCACUCCUUUCAGCCUUUACUGCUCGGAGGAUUGAUCUCGUACUUUGCCUACGGCCAGACGACUGUGACGAAAGAGAGCGCCUACCUCUACGCAAUGGGAAUAGUUCUUUGCUCCCUGGUCACCUCCUUGGUAUUCCAUCCCUUUAUGUUCCACGUAUUCGCGGUGGGAACGAGGGUAAGAUUGGCCUGUGCUGGCCUGGUUUACCGUAAAUGUCUUCGUGCCUCGGCAAGCAGUGGCGAAGGUCUUGGAGCUCUAGCCAUUUCAGUGAUGUCAAUCGAUCUCUCCCAAUUUGACUUGACUUUUUACUUUUUUCACGACUUGUGGAAGGGACCAGUGGAGGCCUGCAUCUUUGGCUACCUCAUGUACCAGCAGGUAGGCUGGACCUCCUUGAUUGGGAUCGCCUUCAUCGUGAUUUUAAUACCCCUUCAAGCUUGGGCCGCAAAAGCUGCUGCACAUUUCGGCUCCCAAUCCGCAAAGCAUCGGGAUGAGAGAGUGAAACUAAUGAACGAAAUCAUCAGCGCCAUCCAGGUGAUCAAAAUGUAUGCUUGGGAGAAAUCUUUCGGACGAUUAAUUGAAAAAGUUAGACAAUCGGAGGUGAAGGCCAUCCGGGGAUCCAUGAGCAUCUACGCCGCCUUGCAGUGCACGAACAUGAUCUCAAAGAUAUCGCUCUUCCUCAGCCUGGUGGCUUAUGUUUAUGUGGGUGAUAUUGUGACGUCCAAGAAGGUAUUUAUUCUGUCUUCAUACUACGGCUUACUGAACGAUUCCUUACUUCACUACUGGCCCAUGGCCAUUACCACAUGGGCACAAACACUUGUCAGUGCACGACGAGUGGUGGAGUUCCUGCUGCAAGUGGAGAAGCCUGAGGAGGAGUCUUGCUGCCGAGACAAUCCCGGCUUGGAGUUAAGUUCAGAGAAACCGAAACUAGCGCAGAGUGGUCGCCUUCAUUGCGUAAAAAGUGAGGGGAAGUGCCUGAGUUUCCAAAGAGUCAGCGCAAGUUGGGAUAAGCCGAGCAUAAAACAUCCCAGGAAGCCCCAUAUUGACGGUAUCUCCUUCCACAUCAACGCCAAUCAGUUUGUUGGCAUUGUGGGCAAUGUGGGCUCUGGAAAGAGCACCCUACUCCAUGCCAUUCUCGGUGAGAUUGAGCUGAUGCAGGGACGCGUUGAGAUCCAUGGCAGGAUAAGCUAUGCUGCCCAGCAGCCGUGGGUUUUCCAGGGAAGCAUCAGGGAGAAUAUCUUGUUUGUGGAACAGUACGAAGAGAAGCGAUAUCGGUCAGUAGUUUAUGCUUGCCAAUUGGACAAGGAUCUGGAAUUGCUGCCCCGAGGGGAUGCCACUAUUGUUGGAGAGCGGGGAAUCAGCCUGAGUGGUGGACAAAAGGCCAGAAUUGCCCUUGCCAGGGCUGUGUACCGCCAAGCGGAUAUUUACCUAUUUGAUGAUCCCCUAGCUGCCGUUGAUGCCCAAGUGGGAAAACUGCUGAUGGACAAGUGCUUUCAUCGGCUGCUAGAUGGAAAAAUGCGCAUUUUGGUUACCCAUCAUGUUCAGUUGCUAAAGACUGUGGAUCACCUGCUGCUCUUGGAAGGAGGUAAACUCACCGAGCAGGGUAGUUAUGAAGAACUGAAAGACGUUAUCACGCAUCAUGCUGCUCUGGAUUUGGAGGCCAUCGAGGCGGACAAGCAGCAAGUAAAGCGGGUGCUCAGCCAAGUGGACAGGACGUCAAAGCAGCUUGGCAAGGACGAGGAAGGGGAUCCAGCCGUAAGCCAAGAUGAGGACGGUCGUGCUGAGCAGCAACUACAAGGAGCCGUCAGCUACGAGACCUACAAGGCAUACUUUCAUGCUCUUGGAGCUCCAUUCCUUGCUUGCUUGGUGCUUUCCAUGUUUGUUUUCGCCCGAGGAUGUCAGGCGCUCAUGGACAUCUUUAUUUCACGAUGGGCAACUUGGGAAGAGGAACGUGAAUAUGAAUCGGUAGACGAGGCAGUGCGGACCAAGAUGGUCACCUGGUACACGGUGCUCCUAUUGUUCACUCUAGCUCUAUUCUUGCUGCGCACCUUUGGAUUCUUUUUCAUGUGUCUGCGGAUCUCAUUGACGUUGCACGAUCAGCUUUACCAUGGAAUAAUCCGAGCUUGGAUGUAUUUUUUCAAUGCCAAUCCUUCGGGAAGAGUGCUUAACCGUUUCUCCAGUGACAUUCAGAAUGUUGAUGUAGCCCUGCCGCAGGCUAUGAUGGACUGUCUUCAGUUCCUGGUGGAUGUGGUGGCUGUGCUGGUGAUCGUGGCGAUUGCUAACUACUGGCUCCUCAUCCCAGCGGCUAUAAUGGUGUUGCUACUGUAUCUGUGCCGUGCCCUUUAUAUAGGCGCAAGUCGAAGUCUGAAGAGGAUUGAGAGUUUGACCCGCAGUCCAAUAUAUUCUCAUACGAAUCAAACCUUCCAUGGCCACGCGACCAUUAGAUCUAUGGAUGCCAUGCCACAAUUGGAGCAGACUUUCCAUGGCCACCAGAACACAAACUCUUCUGCUCUUUUUCUUUAUGUAAGCGCCAAUCGGGCUUUUUCCUUCUGGACGGAUCUGAUUUGCGUAGUCUAUAUCCUGGCCGUGACUUUCAGUUUCCUGGUUAUUAAUCAGAGCUUCUACAGUGGGGAUGUUGGUCUGGCCAUCACGCAGUCUAUGACUUUGGUGAUCAUGUGUCAGUGGGGAAUGCGCCAGACGGCGGAAAUGGAAAACAACAUGACCAGCGUUGAACGAGUGUUGGAGUACGCCAAGAUGCCAUCGGAGCCACCCCUGGAGAGUCCAAAGACUUUAAAUCUAGCCGAUGAAUGGCCUCAGGCAGGUCAUAUUCGGUUCAGGGAUCUCCGGAUGCGAUAUUCUCCGGACGAUGAGAAUAUUUUGAAAGGUCUUAAUUUUGAAUCUCAGCCCAUGGAGAAGAUUGGCAUUGUGGGACGUACGGGAGCGGGAAAGUCAUCCAUUAUUCAAGCACUUUUUCGAUUGGCUCUCAAUGAAGGGACCAUCGAGAUCGAUGGCCUGGAUAUUGGCCAAUUGGGUCUUCACGACCUGCGCAGUAGAAUCUCAAUUAUUCCCCAGGAUCCAGUGCUGUUUUCUGGAACUCUACGCUUCAAUCUGGAUCCCUUUGAUGAGAAAAGCGAUGAAUCGCUAUGGAGUGCAUUGGAAGAUGUAAAACUAAAGAAACACGUUGCCACUUUGGAAGGUGGUCUUUCGUGUCAUAUGCAGGACGGUGGCUCUAACUUCAGCAUGGGUCAAAGGCAGCUGGUGUGCCUGGCAAGAGCUAUUUUGCGACAGAAUCGAGUUUUAGUUAUGGAUGAAGCAACUGCAAAUGUGGAUACCGAAACAGAUAUUCUGAUCCAAGAAACCAUCCAUACCAAAUUCGCUGAGUGCACUGUUUUCACAAUCGCUCAUAGACUGCACACAGUGAUGGAUAAUGAUAGUGUCCUGGUAAUGGAUGCUGGAAAGAUUGUGGAAUUCGGGGCACCACACAAGCUCUUGCUUCGUAAGGAUGGAGCUCUUCUUAAACUGGUCAAUCAAAAUGAUGCUGCUACCGUUAAGUUCCUGAAAAAGGUUGCUGCAGAAAGUUAUAUGCGACGCAACAAGAGAGACUCUCUUGCAAUAGCAGAAGAUCGACUGGAGGAAUGAGCAGAAGUCACAUUCAGAAACGGAAUCUACCUCAAGCGGUGGCUUU